AUGUUUCCAAACAUGUAUCAACUCCUUAAGUUAAUAUCAGUACUACCUGUAUCGACUGCUACUGCAGAAAGGAGUUUUUCUUCUUUGAGAAGACUAAAAACUUACCUUAGAAAUUCAACUUCAGAGUCAAGACUUGUCGGUCUCGCACUACUAUCCAUUCAUAGAGAUAUUGACAUUUCAGAUGAUCAAAUAUUGGACAAAUUUGCUAACAGCGGAAAGGCUCGAAGGUUAAAAUUGUCACUUUAA